UCCAGGACACAGCGACGUCCACCAUCUUCCAAGCCAAUUCGACCCCCACAUUCGCCUCUCCACCAAUCUAAAACACCAGUUUCUAUGUGUUCACAAACGAAUGAAGGAGCUGCAAUUGCGCAUUCUGGGUUAGGAGUAUGCAAGCGUCGACACCAGUUACGUCGACGUCGGGAUCGGUCGAGGCGACGGCAGCAGCGGCAACUGCAACAGCAACAAAAACGGCAUUGGCGUCCUGGUCAUUGGCUUUUUGGAGUGAAUGUCAGCCAAAUGCAAGUUAUUGUUCUGGACAUACAAUUGCCUAGUAUCCCGAGCAAUCGAUCUCCUAUUGACAAUGGUAAGUAG